AUGGAGUACGCAUGCUCCGAGUCCUCUGCAUCGGCCUCCCGGAAGAGGCCCGCCACCAAUUCUGGCACCGGCUCAUCGGAGUCCUGUGACUCCGACGGAACCGGGGAUUCUUCGUUCACCACGGUGAACUCCAAGCGCAACGGUAAACGCGCCGCUAAAAACCGCACCCUCCCUGUCUCAGCGGCCCCUGCCGCUCCUUCAACCUCCGCAGCUCCCGCUGCCGCCUCUGCCCCUGCAGCCCCCGCCGCUGCCUCAGCCCCACUUAUGUCACUAGACAUUCCCGCUCCGACCAAGCCAGCCUCUCGCUGUGCUCCAGUCCUUGCCAAGAAGCAAGUCCCGCCCCCUGUCUUCCUAAGAGACAAGGCUAAAUUCACAGAACUCUCCAAAACCUGCUACAACGCAGGCAUAAAAUAUGACCACGCCAUCAACCUCGGGGAGGCUAUUAAGAUCAUCCCCCAAUCAAUCGACGACUUCCGGCAACUCACCAGGCUAUUCACAGCCGAACGAGUUUCUUAUCAUACAUACGCUCUUCCGGAAGAGCGCAAAGUCAGGGCCGUCAUCCGCGGCGUCCCCUUCGAAUUUUCAAACGAAGAAAUCCUUGAGGACCUUAAGUCCCAAGGUUUCCCCGUAGAAGCCGUGCACAAAAUGCACAGUAGAACAGGCCAGAGGUUCUCUCUUGCCCUAGUAAUUUUAACCAACGUGCCGGAGGCGAAAGCCAUCUUCCGGCAGGUACGCACAGUGUGCGGCCUGUCGAGAGUGAGGGUUGAGCCUCCACAUAGGCGCGGGUUCCCGGCGCAGUGCCACCGCUGCCAGCUGUAUGGUCAUGCGGCGGCCAACUGCUCCGCCCCACCCAGGUGCGUUAAGUGCCUUGAACCCCACAACACUAAAGAGUGUCCUCGGCCCAAAGACGCCGAAUCCCCACCCGCGUGUGUCCUGUGUAAACAAACGGGCCACCCGGCUAACUACAGAGGCUGCCCUUGCGCACCUCAUCCUCGCCCCAGUAGGCAAGCUCCACCGCCGGUCAAUGACCGCUCAUUCCCGGCUCUUUACCAACGGAUGCCCCGUCAGGGCCUUUCUCAGCCCACCCAGGGCUUCUCUCGACCCUCUCAGGGUCCUCCUAGGCCCCCUCAGGGCACUAUUCGGCCCCCUCCGGGCUUCUCUCAGCCUAUGCAGCCUCCAGUUUUUCCCUGGGGCCCCAAAAAGGCAGUACCACCGCGGACAUCCUCCGCCCCUCAACCACAACAAUCACAGCCCUCAAUGGCUGAUGACCUAAAAACGGUGUAUUCCGCAAUUAGGAACAUCAACGUUGAGGAAAUCGCUGUGUUAGCACGCAAAUUGCGCGCUGCGAGGUCCCCUCAGGACCGUCUCCUCGCUCUUGCAGAGCAUCAUAAUCUUUUGUGCUCAUUGUAA